UCAGUUUUUCUGUCAUACCGUUUGCAAGAUCUUGAAGAUUAGUUGGAAGCACCGGUUUUCACUGGAGGAUUAGCACGUGGUUACGUCGUGGGAGGUUGCUUCCUGUUCGUGGCUUUUUCACAGCCAAGUUGUGCCGUAUUUGUCACCGUGCAAUCGGACCUAGAGGAACAUGUGUUAAAUUAAUGCAACUUCUUUCGCGGCUGGCACCAUCUUCGAUUUGUCACGGAUGCUUUUCUCUCUCGUCGACGCCGUGAACCGUGAUGGAUUAACGGUCCGGAACCAGCGAAAAAGGGUAGAGGGAACGUCGCGAGAAAGGAGGCUCGCGCGCGAUCUUCCACGCUUUGUUUUAGCAAACAAUGGGGAACGACGAUUAACCUCGCUUCCUUGGUUAACAUAAUUGUCCGUGUUAAACGGUUGCUAACGCGAGGCUAGUUCGUAUACUCCGAGUAUUCGGUUUACGUGCUCAGGUAUUCGAAGCUGGGGGUUCGACGAUGUUGGUGAUUUCAACGCCGGCAAUUGAGGUGAUCUUUGGGACGUGGUUGUGUCAGUGUUUGAUGGAAAUCGAGUUGGACGACUUGUUGGAUUAAUUGUCGGAUGUUACAACCGAGGACACCCAGAGGACCUGUCGUCUCGUCUGGAAGAACGAUGGCGCGGAAGUGUGUGAAACGUAAGCGAUCUCUCUGUACAGUGGAAACACCGUUGGAAAGUCGGUUCUGGACGCGAUCAACAGCGAAAGCAUGGAACAGAGCGGGCAAAGCUGAGGCGCGAAAUGUCGAAUCGGGUGAAAGCCGAGUAUCAACGCUUGCGACGUGAUCCGGAUCGAUGCCGAUCUACCGGUGUGUGGACGAUCGAUUUCACGGAGAUUACGAAACGGAUGAGUUCGAAUUCGAACCACGUACCACGCUGAGUCGAACAACUCCUGGAGGAAAUCUUUGAGGCUUGACUAUCAUCCAAGAGGGAAGGUGUAGAUGCUUUCGUAGCCAAUAAACCGAUUCGCCGGGUGUUCGAUUCAAUUAGCGACCUGGGAGAAAUCGAGAACGAAGGUGCCGUUGAAGCCACCUUCCUUGCCAAGUGGAAAAAAAUAUCUGCCAAGCAAUAUGCCUGGAACAACAGUGGUACACGUGAAAGAGGUCGCGCUUCGGGCGACCGACUGCUUCCGCGAUGAAAUCCUAUUAAUCGAGAUGAAAUCUCAUUAAGGCCGUGUCGCCCCUUUGCUCUAGGGGUGAGAUCGACGAAGCAGGCCGUCACUCGCGCCGCGGAAAAUUAACUGUUCGGCCGCGAACACCGCAAGAAAAGCGGCCAAGAAAGACGGAGGGAAUAAAAGAGAAAGAAGCAGCUUUUGCGUGAAGCAACUUGAGACUCGUUUCCUGGCCAAUUAGAAACGGUUUUCUGAGGCAAAGGGCCGGGAUUAAUAUGUGCUUUGGACGAGUGCCGCGAGCUGGAAGUUGCCAGAGCGGCGUGAACACCGACGACAGCUGUCGAAAGGAAGACGAGGGGAUCGUCGAGCGGUGCUGGUGGUCCUGGAGAUCCUAUCCCGCGGGAAUGGGGAUGCUCUUGCCCGACGAGACUUACGAGGAGCGUUCCUCGUCAUCGAGACGAAGCUCCUGCCCGAAUGUUCUCGCGGACAUCGACGAGGUCGAGGCGGCCAAGGCAUUGGCCGCAUUCAGAAAGUGCGACGAGUUCCUCAAGAGGCAUGGGAUCAGGCCGGAGUUCUUCUGCAGGCACAGGGAACGUCUUGCGUUACAGACUUGGUUGUUACAGAGGUCUAAGCUGUCUUCUGAUGCCUCGUCGUCGAACGAAGCGGUGCAUCUCCAGCAACGUCUGAGGAGCUUGAGCACGGAACUGGUGACCCUGAGGAACCGGCUGCACGUGAACCAGCCGCCGAACAAUUCAGGGCCGAACAGUGGUGCAUCGGCGCCCCUGUCAAAGAGCCCGGAAAAAGGUGGCGUUCCGUCGUCCCCGGCGCCCGCCGUUCCACCGAGGACCACGCUACCGCUUUCCGGCACACUGCCCCACGGCCUCGGUCAUCCUUCGGGGCACACGCUGACGGCGUCCGCGAUCGUCCAUCCGCACGUCAAUCACGCCGGCGCGAACACGCUCAGCCACAACUCGACCGCGGCUAAUAAUUUAAUAUCCGAUUUGGAUCCACCAAAGCGGCACAAUAGGAUUUCUGACGACGGUAUAGUGUCGUGCGUGACGGCGUUGGGCUGUCUACGCUCGCCACCGAUCUCGAGCAUUAUCGCCGACGUGAAAAACGCGAAGAGCAAUCAGGGUCAGCACCGAUGUCUUCCGAAAGGUACCGCGGCUUCGUCAGGGCCUGCGACCUCCACGGCCUUGGACGACCUCAUUCAUCUACCUGGACCACUGACGGAGGAUGCGGUGCUCAAGUGUCUACAGGCUCGAUUCUGUGCCAAACAGUACCACACGAACGUGGGCCCCAUACUGGUCUGUAUCAAUCCAUAUACGGACGUCAGGAAUCCAUUGACCUUAACGAGCACCAGGGCCGUACCUUUGGCGCCCCAACUGAACAAAGUCGUUCAGGAGGCCGUGCGACAGCAAUCGGAAACCGGAUACCCCCAGGCCAUCAUUCUUUCUGGGACCAGUGGUUCCGGCAAGACAUACGCCUCUAUGUUGUUACUUAGGCAAUUGUUCGACGUGGCUGGAGGUGGUCCAGAAACGGACGCUUUCAAACACUUGGCAGCGGCCUUCACAGUUCUUAGAUCUCUGGGAUCUGCAAAGACCGCCACCAACUCGGAGAGUUCUAGGAUAGGUCACUUUAUAGAGGUCCAGGUUACCGACGGUGCCUUGUACAGAACGAAGAUACACUGCUAUUUCCUGGACCAAACGCGAGUCAUCAGGCCACUACCGGACGAGAAGAAUUACCACAUAUUUUACCAAAUGUUAGCCGGCUUGUCGCACGAGGAACGAGUCAAACUUAAUUUGGAGGGUUACAAUCUAAAGAACCUGAGGUAUCUACAGCAUGGAGACACUAGGCAGGACGAAGCUGAAGAUGCCAUUAGGUUCCAAGCGUGGAAGGCCUGUUUAGGUGUGUUAGGUAUACCCUUCUUAGAUGUAGUGCGAGUAUUGGCUGCAGUGUUGAUCCUGGGCAACGUUGGUUUCACGGAUCGACCGGGAGUCGAGGUCGGUGUCAUCGGAGAGAACGAAUUGGCCUCUGUCGCGGCUCUUCUAGGCGUGCCACCACCAGCACUGCUUAGAGGACUCACUUCGAGGACGCACAAUGCCCGUGGCCAGCUGGUGAAGUCGGUCUGCGACGCAAAUAUGUCUAACAUGACCAGGGAUUCGCUGGCCAAAGCUCUGUAUUGCCGUACCGUCGCUACGAUCGUCAGGAGAGCCAACAGCCUGAAGAGGCUAGGUUCCACCCUUGGUACACUUUCGUCGGACUCGAAUGAAUCCGUUCAUAAUCAAGCCGAAGUGACCAGUCAACAUGCGUCCACUAUUGGCAGUUCUGCAGGUGGUACCGGUUCCAGAAGCAUGACCGCGCUGAACAACGCGGUGCGACACGCGACGGAUGGUUUCAUCGGAAUCCUGGACAUGUUCGGGUUCGAGGAUCCAAAACCAAGUCAACUGGAGCAUCUGUGCAUCAAUUUAUGCGCGGAAACCAUGCAACAUUUCUACAACACGCAUAUAUUUAAGAGCUCGAUCGAGAGCUGCCGCGAUGAAGGCAUUCGAUGCGACGUGGAGGUCGACUACGUCGACAACGUGCCAUGUAUCGAUCUCAUCUCUUCUCUGAGAACCGGUCUGUUGAGUAUGCUGGAUGUCGAAUGCUCGAUUCGUGGCACUGCUGAGAGCUAUGUGGCGAAAGUGAAGGUUCAGCACAAACAGAAUCCGCGGUUGUUCGAACCUAGGAUCGUAGAUUGCAGGUCAUUUGGGAUCCAGCAUUUCGCUGGCAGAGUCACUUACGAUGCCUCCGAUUUUCUGGAUACCAAUAAGGACGUGGUUCCCGACGAUCUGGUAGCCGUAUUCUACAAGCACACGUGUAGCUUUGGUUUUGCGACCCAUCUGUUUGGCAGCGAACUGAAAGCUCUCUACGCGAGCGAUACAGUGCCCAGGGGUGUCAGCUUCAGGAUAUCGCCCACAUCUCACACCGACCUAUUGAACGGGGACGAGCCGAUCUCCACGUUAACGCAAGACUUCCACACGAGGCUGGAUAAUCUCCUGAGGACUUUGGUCCACGCAAGGCCCCACUUUGUCAGGUGCAUUAGGAGCAACGGUACCGAGACGCCUCUUCACUUAGACAGAGGCGUGACUAUGCGUCAGAUACGAUCCCUUCAGGUUCUCGAGACGGUGAAUCUAAUGGCCGGCGGAUAUCCGCAUCGGAUGCGUUUCAAGGCGUUCAAUGCGAGGUACAGGCUGAUCGCGCCGUUCAAGCAACUGCGUCGUGCUGAGGAGCAAGCGGUGGAGGAUACGAAGCUCAUUUUGCAGAACGCACAGCAACUGAAGAGCAAAUUCGGCGCGAGCACCAGCUGGGCUCUUGGCAAGAGGCACAUCUUCCUCAGCGAGGGCAUUAGGCAACAGCUCGAGAACCUACGCUCGGAAACACGCAGGAAAGCUGCCACCGUGAUACAGUGCACGUGGAGAGGUUGGCGGGUGCGGAGAAGGUGGCCUUUGAGGAAGACCACUAUAGGUGUAACAUCUGGUAUUGGUCAGAAAAAGCCUCAACAACCCACAUCUGCUAACACUGGAACCGUUCAAAGGAACGUUACCACUGCCACGGGUACCGGAACCGGAACAAGACCUAGGCCUCAGCCAAUCGCUGGUACGCCACCUCCUGAUCCAUCGGAAAAGUGCGCAGACCAGAAAAUGAUCCAGCAAACGUGCACCUUAUUCGGAUUGGAUUUGGAACGACCACCUCCGGUACCGCCCAGCAGAUCGUACACCGUGACUGGAAACACAAAGUUGGGCUAUCCGCAGACUAGAAUCAUGAAGAUGCCCUUCCCAGAAGAGGGUGAAGGGGAAGUGGUCCUCCUGAAGGGUGAAACCGUUCUGGUCGUGGGUGCGUCUCCCAGGCGAGGUCACCUGCUGGUGGAACACAACAACACCACGCUACACGUGCCCUAUCAGUUCAUGGAGCUGAAGCCAUGUAAUAUUAACAUCUGAACGCGUUAUUUAUUUCCGUGGCGUUUUCGUCGCUCGUACGAUGCCGUGAGUUUAACUUUAAUUCCGCUAAAAAUUUCAUCGAAUUUACUAUACUAGGGAACCUUGGUUUAUAAAAUAAAAAUUGAAAUCUUUAUUCAAACUUUGACAGAGAAAUCUAUAGGGAAAAAUGGAAAUGUAGGAACAUAAUAGUACGUGGAUAGCCGUUUCUUAUUUAAAAGGACAACUCGAAUAGAGUCGGAACUUUGCUUGCUCUCCGCGAUUCUAUUCUUUUUCCUUUGUUAUAUCUAGUAGUAUAAUCCGUCAUUAUGCUGAUAUUCCAUCUUCCUUGACAUAUAUCCUUUUUCCACAUCUCUUGAUGUCCUAUUCGCGAACCAUUUUCUUCGGACAAAAACAACCUGCCGAUGAAAAACAAACGCGAGAGAUCCUCGCGGAAACGUUGUUAUCCGAUUGGACUUUCGGAUACAAUUUAAACUUCCAAUUAGCUUCACACAGUUAUUCUGUGCGCCUUUUUUCCUCCCCUCGUUUAAACUAUGAAAACUGUCCUCUUCCCAUGUAUAUCGUUCCACAUUUUAUCUACUGGAGAUGUGAAUGAAUUAAUUCUGGAACACAAACCAGCAAUUUUUUCAGAUUUUUAUUGUUAUAAUACAAAAUUACAUAAUAUUUUGAAAUGCUAUAUGACAAACGAAAACUUUGUCAAUCAUAAAAAUUACAAAAAAUUUGUGUUUUAGGAUAAAAUUCAUAUGAAAUUGGUACUAUUAUCGCUAAACUAGCGUUACAGGAAAAGUGAAAGGAAUGAAAAUUAGCAGAAAAAUUCGUGACACUGGCAUCGUUCGAGCGGCAAUGGAACACCGAUAAGAUUAGAAUUAGAAGCACGGUUAGGACAGUGAAGUUUGUCCUUUAAUUAAUUACGCCGACCGUCGAGCGAGAGUUUCACGCGGAAGUCAGUAUACCGGUGCUUAUCGUUCGCCCGAAACGCGUCUCGUCUUCCUCGCUCCUUCCGCGUGGGUGGCAGCCACCCUCCACAAGCCACGUUCGUCUUCCAUGUAGAUAAGUACACUCAAGCCGACUCGCGUUUUCGAAUUAGUAAGCAUGUUAGCCGUUAAAUGCCGCUGAGUCUCGCGAUCUUCCGUAUAUGAGUAGAUUUUACGUGUAUGCCGCACGUUAAUUCGAUUAUGCGACGAUAACUAGCACGAUCGACCGUAGACUGAGUGAUAAGAGAAUUUUAGGAAAUUUGUAAUGGUUGUAACGGUGUGUGAAUGAUCAGUUUCGAAUAUGUUUCAACCUCGUUGAGUCUUUUUUGGAAUUAUGGUUGGUACGAUGUGUUAAACAAGAAUUUAAUAGGGGUAUAAGAUCGUCAAAGUAUAAGUGUUGGGGGGAGGGGGGUUAGAGGAUAUUUACCAACAGUAUUCUGUCUUUGAAUUCUUAGUGCCAAUUUCUAGAAAGAAAUCUGCAGUUACUGUAGAACGUCCAAAUUUCGUUUCCAGGAAUUUAAGUAAAAUGUUGGUGAAGUCAGAGAUGAAAAGGAAAUUCACUUUCAGAGACGAGAUUUGGUCGUUCUACGGUGUAUUUGUACAUGUAUUAUAUGAUUAAGAGAUCGACUUCGUAAGAUAGCUCGACAAUAGGUCUAAAGAAUAGAUUUAAUCGAACAAGUUAUUCUAUCAUUAUCGCGAUAAUCAUAACAGGCAACAAGUUCUAACAUCGAAUCAGGAAAGGUAGAUAGGAGAGACAGAGUGAGACCGCGCUUUGUAGAUAUACGAAACUCGUUCAGUUAGAAACGAUAAACGUCCAUUGAGAGGAACAGACGAGAGUUCGGCCUGGAAACUCUGUCGAGUUCACCGUUUCGAGAAUAUGUACAUACGAGUAUGUAUGCCGAAUGUUACGUAGUUUACAGAUACCAGAGCUGAUGCAUACAUAUAGAUAGCUAUAAGUGCGUCGAGAUAUUUUUGAAUAAAA